AUGUUGCAUCACGAUAACGCCCCGGCUCACAGCUCUUUGCUCAUUCGUCAGUUCUUAGCGAAAAAUCAAACUCCAGUAGUUCCACAACCACCAUACUCACUCGACCUAGCUCCGUGUGACUUUUUUUUAUUUCCGAAGUUAAAAUCUACGUUCAAAGGACGUCAUUUUCAAACAAUUGAUGACAUUAAACAAACUACCAAAAUCGAUCGAUCGACCGACAUUCCAAUAAGUGCCUACCAGGAAUGUUUUAAAAAGUGGAAAAGAAGAUGGCAGCGGUGUAUUGCUUCCCAGGGAGAUUAUUUUGAAGGUGAUAAUGUGCAUUUAGAAUAA